AUGCCAGCAGUUGCGAACAACACGUCUUCCCUUCCUCCAACUACUAGUCCGCUUUCUUGGGUCCCGCUCCCGUUUCUAGUCAUCUUCUUUUCCAUUGUUUUCAUCUUCGCUUUCGUUAUUCUCGUUCCCCUUUUUCCCUGUCGUUUAUCCGGUCCAUUUUGUGAUUGCCGGUUGUUUUCCUCUUUUUUUACAAACAAAUAUUCACAUAUAUAA